CUGUACUGGAAAGUCUAAUUCGGUAACAGAUGGGGACAAUCCCUACCCCACGACGGGCUCGACUGCACUUUGUCCGUAUUAGGAGGAAGCAUCUUCGACGGUGGCCUGAGUCGCCGGUGAUUUGUGCGUCAAAAAUGCUAACAUCCGAGGUGAUCCUUGUCUUUGGCACUUCGCAGGUGGUUAUUCGGCGACUCCCUCCCAACCUAACUAAGGAGCAGCUGGAGGAACAGUUGCAUCCCCUUCCCGCUCACGAUUAUUUUGAAUUUUGUACGGCAGAUCCCAGCCUUUAUCCUCACCUCUACACAAGAGCGUACAUUAAUUUUAGAAAUCCCGACGACAUCCUUCUCUUCAGGGAUCGUUUCGACGGCUACGUCUUCAUCGACAGCAAAGGUCUGGAAUACCCAGCCGUGGUUGAAUUUGCUCCGUUCCAAAAGAUUUCCAAAAAGAAGUUAAAGAAAAAAGAUGCCAAAGCAGGGACAAUUGAAGAAGAUCCGGAAUAUAGGAAGUUUUUAGAAACGUAUUGCGUUGAUGAGGAGAAAAUAAGUGCCAACCCAGAAACGCUCUUGGGAGAAAUAGAGGCGAAGACGCGGGAGCUCAUUGCUAGAAGAACAACACCUCUUUUGGAAUAUAUUAGAAGCAGGAAAUUAGAAAAGCAGAGAAUUCGGGAAGAGAAACGGGAGGAGCGAAGACGGCGAGAGUUAGAAAAGAAACGCCUGAGGGAAGAAGAGAAGAGGAAGCGCCGAGAAGAAGAGAGACGGAAAAGGAAAGAGGCAGAGAAGCAGAAGAAAAUUGCCGAGAAAGAAAUAAGGAUCAAGCUCCUGAAAAAGCCCGAAAAGGGUGAGGAACCGGUCUCGGAGAAACCGACGGAAAAAGGCGAGGAAGCCGAUAUGGAAGAAGGAAGGUGGGAGAAAUCCCCUGGCCCUGGUGGCGGGAAAUCCAAAUCCUUGGAAAGCUCGGUGAAGGAACUCAAGGACAAGUCCCAAAACGACAGCGACAAGGAGCAGAGGGAGGCGGAGAGAAGAUUUUGCGACCGGGAACCCGAACGGCCAAGGUACCGCCCGGACGAUGGCAGGAGGCACGGAGCUCCCUGUGAGCCCGACAAGUUCCUGCGGAGGAACGACGACGAGCCCAAGUGGGGGAAAGGAUCCCACCAAGACAGAGGGAAGAGAGGGUUCUCCCGGUACCGCUUCCCGGUGGAGGCAGUAGACACUCUGGGUAAAGAGGACAAGUCUGAUGACAUGACGUCCCAAACGGAGCGCAUAAGAAAUAAGGACCGACCAGCCAUGCAGCUGUACCAGCCGGGCGCCCACACCCGAACGCGUCCGACCGCGGCCGGCAGACCCUCCUCCGGCCCCGGCGGGAAGUCCGGCGGAGAAGCCGGAGAUGGGAAGCGCGAGGCAGAAGCUGCAGCUGGAGCUGGUCCUGAGAAGAGCGAAGAGGCCGAGUAAACCCCCGUGCGGGUCAAAUCCGUGACGGUGAUGAACGCCGGAGUCCAGGGGCGUCUAGCUCGAAGCCUGCCAUGUGCUCUCCAGGAAAACGUGCUGGGGCUUCGGGCGGAUGAAAUGCGGCAGACAUGCUGUUGGUGUGUUCUCCCCAGACGGCCUGGAUUCCAGUCAUUCGUCAGAUCCGUCCCAUUCUCCGGUACCGACCGAUAUUUCUCUAGCACUUUUCAGGAAAAAAACACAACACACACACACCCAAAAAAAACCAUUCUCCUUCCCAAAGUCCGAGGGCAAGGAAGGGGACAAAACGCAGCUUUGCGUCAGUUUGAGAUCCACACA